AGUGGCGACCAGUGGAUGAGAGACCCACGGUAGCGCCUGACUUGGCACAGACAGGACGUCGGAGUAGGGUGUAUGUGUUUGUACCCCAUUUACAGAACUGGGAGGUUGAGUGCUCCUGUCAACGAGUGAAAACUGCGCUUGCAUCGGGCGCUGUGAAAAUGGCGGAUGUCUGCGCUAGGCUCAGUACAAUAAUCGGUCAAUGUUCGCACGGCAGACUUUGCCCGGUGAGGGAGUGUUGUGUGUACGGAAAUCCAGUAACGUGGCGCGAGCAGCUGUCAAGCAAAGCUAGUAGCGGAACGGGGGCUCCUCGGGCUGUCAAGCGAGUCGACCGUUGGAGCGCGCAAGGGCUAUAGCCCAGACCCCCAUUGAUACUACUGCUGCUGCCAUGGAGAGGAAAGAGCAUCCAGUUGGAGAAGUCCUCAUCAUUCCAAUGAGAUCUUCAACAUCACUUUCGCCCCAGGAUUCAGCUCGACCCCUUCCCCUUCAGCCCUCCUCCCCUCCUCCACCCCUCUCUCUGUCCAGUCCCCAGCUCCAGGCUGAGUUUCUGAGAAGAGCUCCCAGAGCUGCUUCCCCUGACAACGACUCGGCUAGACACCAAAACCUUCUCCACCAACCCUCUCCCUCUGUCUCCUCCCCUCCUCCCCCUCUUUCCUCCCCUCCUCCACCCCUCUCUCUGUCCAGUCCCCAGCUCCAGGCUGAGUUUCUGAGAAGAGCUCCCAGAGCUGCUUCCCCCGACAACGAUUCGGAUAGACACAAAAACCUUCCCCACCAACCCUCUCCCUCUGUCUCCCCCUUCUCCUCCCCUCCUCCCCCUCUUUCCUCCCCUCCUCCACCCCUCUCUCUGUCCAGUCCCCAGCUCCAGGCUGAGUUUCUGAGAAGAGCUCCCAGAGCUGCUUCCCCCGACAACGAUUCGGAUAGACACAAAAACCUUCCCCACCAACCCUCUGUCUCUGUCUCCCCCUUCUCCUCCCCUCCUCCCCCUCAUUCCUCCCCUCCUCCACCCCUCUCUCUGUCCAGUCCCCAGCUCCAGGCUGAGUUUCUGAGAAGAGCUCCCAGAGCUGCUUCCCCCGACAACGAUUCGGAUAGACACAAAAACCUUCCCCACCAACCCUCUCCCUCUGUCUCCCCCUCUGUGUCCCUCUUCUCCUCCCCUCCUACCCCUCUUUCCUCCCCUCCUCCACCCCUCUCCCUGUCCAGUCCCCAGCUCCAGGCUGAGUUUCUGAGGAGAGCAAGCCGUGGUCUGAGAACUGUCUCCUGUGACACCAGCGAUGUCCUCACCUCCCCCAGCUCCACCCUGGUCUCCCUCUUUACCUCCCCCCCACAGCCCCUGUCCUCCUCCAUGCCCACUAAAGAGGGUUGUACUACUCUCCUGUCUCUCUCCAGUCCUGAGCUGCUAACUGAGCUGUGUCAAUCUCAGUCCCGUCCUAUGAAGCACGUCUCUGUCUCUAAAGGACUCACCACUGUCUUCUCUGGACGGGGCAGGGGCAUAACGGUAAGAAUCCUAGCCCUGCCACUGCCUCAGGAGCAGCCAACCAGACACUCCGCUCAGACUCCAUGGCCAAUAGGAGAGGACAGGCAGGUCCCAGGCUGUCUAAUGGGACAAAGCGUUAGACUAAGCUAAAGUGCCCCUGAUGACCCCAGCUACUGUAUAAUGUAAUUGAAAUGAAUGAAAACCAGCAGUCCUGUGGCCCUCCGGGGCCUGGAGUUGAGAACUGAAUGACACAUUAUCAAACACUAUCUAUACUGCCAUGUGCCAUUGCCAACACACUAACAUCAUAGACACAAUGCCAACCCACCGACAGACUUACCCACACUGUACCUCUUCAUGUAAGACAUGGAAAGCAAUGUGGUGAGGUGAAGCAGGUCUCUCUCUGUAAAAAAAUAAAUUAUCAAAUGUAUCACAACAUA